AUGAGCAACCAGGAGGUGACUUAUACAACAGUGAGAUUUCUUCAGUCUUCUUCAGAGUUACAGAACAGAGUAAGAUCUGGUGACAUUGAAGAGCCCAGAGAAGCUGACCCCAAAGAGUGCACAGUGCCCUGGCAUCGCGUCGCCGUGGCUCUCGGGGUCCUUUGUUUACUUCUGCUGAUGGCAGUCGUAGUAGUGUUGGUGACACAGAUUCAAGAACAAAAAAAACUGCAAAAAAUACUGCAAAAUGUCAGUGAAGAAUAUCUCAACUUGCAAAAUGAUAUGAACUUAAAGGAAAAAAAGUUGGAAAAUAAGUCUAAAGAGUAUGAGAGCCUCAAAAACCUAACAGAAAUGAAGAGAUGUCAUGUGAAUAAUAAGAUCACUUUAAACUGUUUAAAGUCUACAGGAAAACGCCUUGAAGGACAUUGGUUCUGUUGUGGCACAAAAUGUUAUUAUUUUAUCAUGGACAGUAAAACAUGGAGUGGAUGUACGCAGACUUGCCGCGAAUGCAGUUUAACCCUUUUGGCAAUUGAUGACAGUGAUGAACAGGACCGCCUUCGGUCCCAAGUUAAUGGAAACAAUUACUGGAUUGGAUUAUCAUAUGAUAAACAGGAGAAGGAAUGGAAAUGGAUUGACAGUGGCUCAUCUAACCUCGAUUUGACAGCAUUGAAUUUACAAUGUCGAGUAGGAAUGUGUGCAUUUUUUACUUCAACAAGAAUAGAGGAUAGUGACUGCGGUAAAACCUACCCGUGCAUCUGUGAAAAGAGAAUGGACAUGUUCUCUGAUUCAGUGUGCAACAAGAAGGAAAGUUGUGAUGAAUUUCGGCAAAUCCAGUUUGUUCUACACAUUAUUGCUGCCACGCUGGGAGUUUCAAGAAAUUCUGUCUGA